UCACAGCACUGGAAUGAAGUGGGGACUCUUUGCCUUCAGAACGUUAGUAUCUUCACCAGCAAAGAGGAUCUGACAGACUGCCUCCUGCAGACUUCUGCAUCAUGGAGGCAAGCCGGACAUCCAGCAGUCAACAGAUUCUGUGUAAAGAUGUUGAGAUGGAAAAAGAGAAGAAAGCCAAACACCGCACUUACCAGCGAGUGGCUCUGGUUCUGGCUCUGGUCUUUCUGGUUUUGGCUCUCUCUGUUUUCAGCCUGAGAUAUCUGUGGAGCUCCAGACCUGGGAAGGUGUACAACCACCAUUACAAAGCCGUGUUGGAUGGAGUAGAGCGAGACAGCAUCAUGGAGAUUGACCCAGGUCAGCGUGUUGAGAUUUUCAGAACGGGAAGCGGCAGCGAGGAGGUACUUGAAGUGCACGACUUCAAGAACGGAAUCACUGGGAUCCGAUUUGCCGAACAUCAGAGGUGCUACAUCAAGACCCAAACCAGGCAACUACCCGCAGAGGUGGAGGAAGAGGAGGCUGAGGAGGCAGAGCAACUGGUACCCCACCCCCCAUCUGUGGAUGAGACAGAGGCCACGGAUAUGAAGGUGGAAGACUCCCAAGUGUGGGUUCCUGCUGAGGAGGCCAUCGUUAACCCGGCCUUCCUCUUUGACUCCAAGAUCUGGGAGAUUUGCCAGGAGCUGCCCAUCCACUGGAUCCAUCGCUCCCCUCUGAGCGAUGCUGAAGUGGGAAACGUGGACGCGCCCGACGCAGAGGUCACAGGUCAGCGGUUUGCCCGCGACGUCCUGGACCACCUUGCUGUCAACGACUACAGAGAAGUCGGGAUCGAGCUGGACAACCGCCUGGAUGACAACGGAUACUGCUGCCAGCACUGUCGCCGUGGUUACCGCUACUGCCGCCGCUACCACGAGCCCCUGGGUGGCUUCAACCAGUGGCCUUACUACUACCAAGGAGGCCGGGUCAUCUGUCAGAUUGUCAUGCCAUGCAACUGGUGGAUCGCCCGCAUGCUGGGGAGGGUCUGAGGAGGCGGCGUGCCGUCCUUGUUUUGUUAAAUGGGGUUUUAACCGUUUACGUGAGACGUGCAAAUUCUGCUUUUAUAUCCCAAUCUGUUCGUUGGCUCACUAAGUAUUAAUCGCUUUAAAGCGUUCUUAAAAGGCAUUGCUCGUUUACAGCUGCCUUAUUUUCUCUGCUUAUCUAACCAUUUAUUGUCCUUGCCAUUUGAUUCUGUUGAAUGGGCGCAAUUAGAGGACGUCACCAGAAACUAUGCUGCUCCAAAGGGGGUGGAGGGGUUACUUCAGCAGUGUCUGUCUUGACCGUGUCAUGCAUUAAUGUCUUACCUGACAGGGUAAAAAUAUUUUUCGUCUUCCUCGCAGUAGCAAAUUAUCUGCAAAAAUCAAAGUGGUGGAAAUGUUUUGUUUAGGAUUUUUGGUGAUAUUCUUUAGUGCUUGAGUGGAUAAAAACCCUUCUUCACAUGCAAUUAGAACACUACAUGUAUUUUAUUUGAGGAAAUGCCAAAUAAGGGAAAGAAAAAAAUCAUUAUAUAUAUAUAUAUUUCUUCCUGGCUUUAUGUGUUUUAAGAUCAUGUUGAACUAAAGAGUUACAGUAUAAUUGAAGAUGCAAGGGCCUCAGUUGUCUUUUGUGAUUUAGUUACUGUUGUCUCAUGCUCCAUUGUUUCCCAUCUUGUUGCAAUCCACAAAAUGCUUUAAAUAGUCCUUCUGUUCAAACAGUUUCAUCUUUGCUGAGGCAAUUUUAAUCUGCAACACCACAUCUCAAUCUGUCGAGCUGCAAUAACUCCUCUGCAAGUAGCAGAUAAGCAAGCGAGAUAGACUUUUGCAAUUGAUGUUCUGUCAUCAGAAUAACAAGGUGCAUUAAUGCCCGAGAGUAUUCAAGCAAUGUGAGGUAUUCAAAAGUCGAACAGGGAGACAGCUAUGGAGCGAUCAUGUUGUCAUGGUUUGCUUUGAAGCCUACUGUAUGUUAUGUCUCUUGCCAAUUUUUUUUCCAAUUAAAAUCGCAAUGUAUGAAUAAUCUGAGUUGUCCUAUCAUCAAACACUGGAUUUAAAAACUGAUGAAGUGUUGGUUUUACGACUCAUGGAAUCAAUACAAGAGGCAGACCUUCUCCAUUCUCCAUUAGUCCCAUUGCUUGUUUGCGAAAGUAUUUAGCUUCCAAUUGACAGGAAAAAAACGUGUACGCUUUUAUUGUUCCUCUCAUAACCUUAGCCUCUCAUGUGUAUCUGAUGCAUACUAAUGCAUUGUUUACAUUAAUAUAAAAGCACCUCGCCUGUUAAAUAAAGCUGGAUGUUAACUCA